AUGGGGUUGAUUCGCAACGCUGCAACUUUCGUCCGAAGCAUCCGAUCAAUUUCUCAGCUCCAAGCAGCUGAUAAUGUCAAAAGAUCAACCACAACUUUCGUCCCAAACUUGAUGAAAAAGAGCGAAACUGCCCAAAAAUCGACUUCUUUUCAAGAUUUCUCCUGUCAAGCGAAAAGCUCGAUGCGAUUUAGUACUCAUCAAUUUCAAUCAAAUGCAAAUUUAAACAGUAUCUUAAAUGGAAAGAAUCAAAUCAUCCGAACAAGCGAGCAGAACAAAAUGAACGCGACUUUCGCAGCUCUGGAUUUGGCUUCAAUGAAUAUUUCUUCCAUCGGUUUUAUCGGCGAUUGCGCUGUUUGGGCGAUUAUGGACUCGAUUACUGGCGAAAUUGUCUACGUUGUCGACGAUGAUGGGCAGGGGCUCUAA